CCGUCAUGGAAAUAAAGCCCAACCCCCACACGAGCGUAGACCACCCAAUCCCCUUCUCUUCUCCCCCCCAACUUUCCCACGUCCCAGUCGCCCGAGAGGAUGGCGGCGAAGCCGGAGGAAUCCCUGGCGGUCCCGGCCGUCAUUCCCUUUGCUGCCGCCCGAGAUCCGGUGGUGGAGUUUUCCGGCGAGGAGGGGGAGGAGGAGAAAGAAGGAGAAGCACGGGAAGUGAAGCGGCGGAGGACGUGCCCACCGGCGGCUCUCCAGAAGAUCUACUCGCCGCCGCGGCGGCCGCCGGCGGCGGUGGAGGAGGAGGAGGAGGGGGAGGACGAGGAGUCCAGGGGUUCGGGGCGAGGAGGAUUCUCGUUUUCGUUCGACACCAGGGGAAUCGCGCCGAUCGAGACGACGCCGAAGUUCGGAUCGUUCAAUUGCUCGGCGGAUUUGGGAGCUGCGCAAGAGGGAGAGGAGAAGGCGAAGAACGGAAAGGAGGAAGGCGGGGAGGUAAAAAGCGAGGGCGAAACAGCAAGCUGAUUAUUAGAUGUGGGGAGUGGGGGAUUAAAGAGAGAGGGUGAGUUUGAUCCGUGCUUGGUUACCACUCCCUGUCUUUCUUCUUGUAUGAGAAAAUAAUAAUUAAUUAAUUAAUCAAUGAUGUUAAGACAAGUUUCUCUCCUUCUCUCAAUAUCAUUUUUGUUGCAUGGAUAUUAUCUUCAAUUGGAUGGUAUUUUGAAGAAAUGCAGCGCUGUGAAUUCCCAGAGUUGUGUAAGAUGACACUGUAAUUUAAUUUAUGACAUCAAAUCUUUGUGA